AUGUCGACCACAAAGAACAUUGUCAUUCUAGGCGGCUCCUAUGGAGGUCUCUCGGCCGCUCACUGCUUCCUAAAGCACAUCUAUGCCGAACUGCCCGACAAGGAGAACUACCAGGUCGUUCUGGUCAGCAUCGCCUCGCAGGUCACAUCGCGUCCUGCCGCGCCGCGUGCCAUCAUCUCCGACGACCUCUUUGACCAGAAGAAGCUAUGGGUCGACACCGCUCCGCUGUUCGAGAAUUACCCCAAGGGCAGCUUCCGCUUUGUCAAAGGUACGGCCACGGCCCUCGACCAUGCCGCUCGCACCGUCACAAUCGCUCUUGCCGGUGGCGACGAUGCUAAUACCGAGGUGAUUGACUUUUACUCACUCGUCAUCGCCACGGGAGCCACGACCAUCUCGCCGCUCAUGGGAUUCAACCACCACGACGAGGUGUAUCUCAAGGAGCGGUACGCCGAGUUCCGGGCCGCAUUGGCCAAGGCCAAGUCUGUCGUCGUUUGCGGUGGCGGUGCUACGGGCGUCGAGACGGCUGGCGAGCUGGGCGAGCACUUCAAUGGCCGGGCCUCGUGCUGGCCCUGGUCCGGGCUGCAGUCCAAGCUGGAGGUCACUCUGGUGACGAGCACGGAGCAGAUCCUGCCGGAUCAGCCGGUGGCUGUCGCCAAGAAGGCCGAGAAGAUGCUGGCCAACGUUGGUGUCAAGGUGAUCACAAAGACCAAGGUGUCGUCUGUCGUUCCCGAGGGCGCAGGCACUGAAGGCCAGCUGGCCACGCCCGGACGCGUGCUGCUCUCGGACGGCCAGGAGCUCAACGCCGACAUCUACAUCCCUGCCAUCGGCUACAAGGCAAACACGGAGUUCGUGACGGAUGCCGCCCUGCUGGCCGACGACGGACGUAUCAAGACGGACAGCAAGUCGCGCGUCAUCGGCGCUGGCCCACGCAUCUAUGCCAUUGGCGACUGCUCGAACCUCCACCGGCCAUCCCUCCCGCUCAUACAGGCAGCCGUUCCCGUCCUGGCCACCAACAUGAAGCGCGACUUCUUGGAGGACAUCGGCAAGGCACAGCCGGGUGCCGACCGUGAAUAUGUGCAGGAUACCAAGAUGACGCAGAUUGUGCCAAUUGGCCGCAGCAAGGGCGUCGGCAUCUUCAACGGCAACUCCGUACCGAGCUUGAUGGUGUGGGCGCUCAAGGGCCGUGACUACUGGGUGUGGACGACUCCGAACAUGUGGAGCGGCAAGCAGUGGAACAACAUAUAA